UGCUGGAGCUGACCUUGCUCAGACGUCUGGCAUCUGUUCAUGUGAGCACUAGGGCACUACGUCCCUGGACUGCCCCCAGGAGCCCAGGAGGGAAGUAAGGCUCCCAAGACAGGGCAGGGUGGCCUGGACCAGAGCCAGUACUCACAGCUCUCCCCAAGUCCUUCCGACACAGGCUGGCUGCAUCCAGGUGAGCCCCAAGACAAUCCUGGAAGUCCCCAGGGAAACCCAGGGAAAGAGACCCCAUGGCUCUACUCACACACCUGUUAGUCUGCAUCUUUGGCUCUGGCUCCUGGGUGGCCAUCAAUGGGCUAUGGGUAGAAUUGCCUCUGCUGGUAACAAAACUACCUGAAGGUUGGUACCUACCCUCCUACCUCACAAUCAUCAUCCAGCUAGCCAAUGUGGGGCCACUCUUCAUCACCCUGCUCCACCGAUUCCGGCCUGGCUGCCUUCCUGAAGUCCCAGUCAUCUUUGGUGUGCUGGCCUUGGGCACGACUGCCUGCCUCCUCUUCGCUUUCCUGUGGGAGAAGACUUCAGUGGUGGCUGGUGCUCUCCAUAGCACACCUUUCCUGGUCCUCACCUUCUUCCUGGCCCUGGUGGACUGCACCUCCUCCGUCACUUUCCUGCCCUUCAUGGCCCGCCUGCCAGCCCAGUACCUCACCUCCUUCUUUGUUGGGGAAGGGCUGAGUGGUCUCCUCCCUGCUCUGGUAUCUCUGGCCCAGGGUUCAGGGAUCAACACCUGUGCCCAAGUCACCAACAUCUCUGCAACCACUGAGCCAUCUAACUUCACCGAAGCAUCCUUCACCCUUGGGUCACUGAACAUCACUCUGAAUCCUGACCUCACCACCAGCACCCCUCAGCUGGAGUCCUGUUACCUGCCAGCCAACUUCUCCCCAUUUGUCUUCUUUAUCCUGCUCUCAAUCAUGAUGGCCGGCUGCCUGGCUGCCUUCUUCGGUCUGACUCGUCUCCCUAAGCAGUGGGAGCUCUCUACAGAGGACCUCCUGGUCAGCCAGGUGACUCUCAAAUCCUUCCAGCUCCAGGAAGCCUCAGCUGGCAGCAACAACAGAGACAGCUUCACAUCGGUGGUCCUGCCUGAGGAGAAGAGGCCCACUGUGUGGCCACGGGCCCAAUUAGCCUUCAUCUACUUCCUGGUGGUCUUUGUGAAUGCCCUCACCAAUGGAAUCCUCCCCUCUGUUCAGACUUAUUCCUGCAUGUCCUAUGGCUCUGUGGCCUACCACUUGUCUGCAACACUUAGUGCAGUGGCAAACCCCCUCGCUUGCCUCCUGGCUAUGUUCCUGCCCAAAAGGUCUCUCUUGUGGCUGGGGGUCAUCACCCUGCUGGGCACUGGUUUUGGAGCCUACAACAUGGCUAUGGCUGUCCUGAGUCCCUGCCCUCUGCUGAAGGACUCCCGCUGGGGAGAAGCCAUCAUUGUUAUCUCUUGGGUGCUUUUCACCGGGACCCUGAGCUACGUGAAGGUGAUGACUGGGGUGCACCUGCGAGACCUAAGCCACAGCGCCCUCGUGUGGUGUGGUGCAGCAGAACAGCUGGGAUCUGCAUUUGGAGCAAUACUCAUGUUUCCUCUUGUCAACGUGCUGCAGCUUUUUAAGUCCGCAGAUGGAAGCAGUCUGCAGUGUCCCAGCUAAGCGUGCCCCAGGACAACUUUUCUAGGCUGAAUUUCACUGAGCCAGGAGAGCCAAAGCCACGGAAGGCCAAUCACAUCCCUAUCCAAGUUUCCCUCAGACACUGGCACAGACACUCCCAGUUCUCCUCUCCCCAGUCCCACCCCAACCCCCCCGCAGAGUUAAAACUUUUGUAACUUGACCCAUCAGGGUCAAGUUGACCCACCACACAAAUUCUACCAUUAGGUAGUCAGGACCUUGGUCAGUGUCUUUAGAACCCAGUGUCACUGGGUUUUGUGUGCAUGCUCUGCUUCUGGAGGAAAGUAAACUAGUCCACAGUCUAAAUCGCCUGGAACCCUAAAAGGUUAAGGAACUUGGCCAGGAUCAUACAGCCGGUAUGUGACAGCAGCAAGAUUUGAACCAAGUCUUCCUGAAACUUGGUUUCCAUCCACUACAGCACUUUGCUUUUGUAUUUCAAAUAAGUCCAUGCAUCCAUU